UGGCGGCGCCUUUUACCCUAUACGCCAUAGUAAGGGCAAGGCCACCGAGCGUCAGUCGUAAACAUGGCGGCGAAGGGAGCGCGGCAGAGAACGCGACGAGGAAGCAGACAAGAUACCAAUAGCGGGAAUGUCUCCACCGAAAACCGUGCACUGAAAGAGGAGAAGGUCGCGGAUGACACCAAAACACCCGACGCACGGACUGAGAGUGUUACUAAAGGAGGUCAAGUGUGGGCUCCUGAAGGUUCCACAGCGUUUAAAUGUCUUCUGUCGGCCCGGUUUUGUGCUGCGUUGCUCAGCAACAUUUCAGACUGUGACGAGACGUACAACUACUGGGAGCCGAUGCACUUCCUGUUGUAUGGCUCUGGGAUGCAGACAUGGGAGUAUUCUCCGCUCUACGCUAUCCGUUCCUACGCCUACCUGUGGCUGCAUGCCCUCCCUGCAUCGCUACACGCACACAUCCUACAGACCAACAAGGUGUUGGUGUUCUACUUUGUGCGCUGUGUUCUGGCCUUCACCUGCUGUGUCUGUGAACUCUACUUCUACAAGGCGGUGUGUAAGAAGUUUGGACUGCAUGUAGGUCGUCUUAUGCUGGCCUUCCUCGUUCUGAGUUCUGGAAUGUUCUGCUCAUCAGCAGCGUUCCUGCCUUCCUCUUUCUGUAUGUAUUCGACUAUGGUUGCCAUGACAGGUUGGUUCCAAGACACGCCUUCUCUUGCUGUAAUGGGUGUGGCUGCUGGAUCUAUCAUUGGCUGGCCAUUCUCCACUUUGAUUGGGCUACCGAUCGCCUUUGACCUACUGGUGUUGAAGAGGACAUGGAAAAGCUUUGUUACCUGGGCAACCACCUCACUGCUGCUGUUCCUGGUGCCUCUAAUGGUGGUGGAUUCUUAUUGCUAUGGGAAACUAGUCAUCGCUCCGCUCAACAUUCUACUGUACAAUGUCUUCACACCCCACGGUCCUGAUCUCUAUGGUACUGAACCAUGGUCGUUUUACUUCAUAAAUGGUUUCCUGAACUUCAAUGUGGUGUUUAUCCUGGCACUGCUCUCUCUUCCUCUCACCCUCCUCAUGGAGAUGCUACUACAGCGAUUCAACGUACAGAACCUGGGCCGUCCUUACUGGCUGACCCUGUCUCCCAUGUACCUCUGGAUGCUGGUGUUCUUCACCAGACCUCAUAAAGAAGAGCGCUUUCUGUUUCCCAUCUACCCCCUCAUCUGUCUGACCGGAGCCGUGGCCCUGUCUUCACUACAGAAGUGUUACCACUACCUGUUUCAGCGGUAUCGUCUGGAACACUACACUGUGUCGUCUAAUUGGCUGGCUCUGGGAACUCUACUGCUGUUCACCGUGCUAUCCCUGUCGAGAUCGGUCGCCCUGUUCAGAGGGUACCACGCUCCCCUGGACUUGUACCCAGAGUUCCAGCGGAUCUCCAGGGACCCGUCUCUCCAUGUGGUCUCAGAGGGCCGGCCCGUCACUGUCUGUGUUGGGAAAGAGUGGUACCGUUUCCCCUCCAGCUUUCUGCUGCCUAACAACUGGCAUCUGCAGUUCAUCCAAUCAGAGUUCAGAGGGCAGCUGCCCCAGGCGUAUGCUGAUGGCCCAAUGGCUACGCAGACCGUCCCUGUUCACAUGAACGACCAGAACCUGGAGGAGCCAUCGAGAUAUGUGGAUAUCCGUCAAUGUCAUUAUCUGGUAGAUUUGGACCUGGAGACCUCAGCACCUAGAGAGCCACGCUACGCUGAAAACACAGAUAACUGGACUAUCAUUGCAUAUAAACCUUUCCUCAAUGCUGCCAGAUCUUCUCCUCUGUUCAGAGCAUUCUUUGUUCCUGUCCUCUCAGAGCAGCACACCCACUACACACGAUACGUCAUCCUGAAACCACGACGACAAAAGCUACCUCGCAAACGUCCCCACACCUGACCUCUAACCCUGUCAGCUCUGAACUCACCCCCCCCCCACUGUGUGUGUGUGUGUUUUGUGUGUACAUUGAGUGUAUACUAUUUGUGUGUCUGUAUUGUGUGUGUUUGUCUAUUCUCAGUAGACAGAUGAUUAGGGACAACAUCAUGUUCACUGAAAUGUAUUUACAGACUCUGGGGUCAUGUGACCAUGACUCGCAAAGCAGUCAUACAGACACGCAGGCAUCCAGACAUCUAGUUACUGCUUGAUUUAAUUAGAGAAUGGGCUUAAAAUGCAGAGUGUGGUGUGAUGGUUCCAGGAACUCCAACAGUUGCCCUCCUGGGCUUCUCAUGUACCUGAGGGUCGAGGGUCAUCAUGUACCUGAGGGUCGAGGGUCAUCAUGUACCUGAGGGUCGAGGGUCGUCAUGUACCUGAGGGUCGAGGGUCGUCAUGUACCUGAGGGUCGGGGGUUAUCGUGUCCCUGAGGGUCGGGGGUUAUCGUGUCCCUGAGGGUCGGGGGUUGUCAUGUACCUGAGGGUCGAGGGUUGUCAUGUACCUGAGGGUCGGGGGUUAUCGUGUCCCUGAGGGUCGGGGGUUAUCGUGUCCCUGAGGGUCGGGGGUUAUCGUGUCCCUGAGGGUCGAGGGUUGUCGUGUCCCUGAGGGUCGAGGGUUGUCAUGUACCUGAGGGUCGGGGGUUAUCGUGUCCCUGAGGGUCGGGGGUUAUCGUGUCCCUGAGGGUCGGGGGUUAUCGUGUCCCUGAGGGUCGAGGGUUGUCGUGUCCCUGAGGGUCGGGGGUUAUCGUGUACCUGAGGGUCGGGGGUUGUCAUGUACCUGAGGGUCGAGGGUUGUCAUGUACCUGAGGGUCGGGGGUUAUCGUGUCCCUGAGGGUCGGGGGUUGUCAUGUACCUGAGGGUCGAGGGUUGUCAUGUACCUGAGGGUCGGGGGUUGUCAUGUACCUGAGGGUCGGGGGUUAUCAUGUACCUGAGGGUCGGGGGUUAUCGUGUCCCUGAGGGUCGGGGGUUAUCGUGUCCCUGAGGGUCGGGGGUUGUCAUGUACCUGAGGGUCGAGGGUUGUCAUGUACCUGAGGGUCGGGGGUUAUCGUGUCCCUGAGGGUCGGGGGUUGUCAUGUACCUGAGGGUCGAGGGUUGUCAUGUACCUGAGGGUCGGGGGUUGUCAUGUACCUGAGGGUCGGGGGUUAUCGUGUCCCUGAGGGUCGGGGGUUGUCAUGUACCUGAGGGUCGAGGGUUGUCAUGUACCUGAGGGUCGGGGGUUGUCAUGUACCUGAGGGUCGAGGGUCAUGUACCUGAGGGUCAAGGGUUGUCAUGUACCUGAGGGUCGAGGGUCAUGUACAUGAGGGUCAUGUACAUGAGGGUCGAGGGUCAUGUACCUGAGGGUCGAGGGUCAUGUACCUAAGGGUCGAGGGUUGUCAUGUACCUGAGGGUCGAGGGUCAUGUACCUGAGGGUCGAGGGUCAUGUACCUGAGGGUCGAGGGUCAUGUACAUGAGGGUCGAGGGUUGUCAUGUACCUGAGGGUCGAGGGUCGAGGGUCAUGUACAUGAGGGUCGAGGGUCAUGUACCUGAGGAUCGAGGGUCAUGUACCUGAGGGUCGAGGGUCAUGUACAUGAGGGUCGAGGGUUUACAGAGAAUACAGAAACUGAACCAUCCUAGUCAGAGGGUGUGAGGUACUUUUUGGUGUGAGCGCUUUAAAGAAGAAUGGGAGGAGUCGGCAAGCCAACAGGGCGGAACAGAAGUGGUCCUUUUCACACACAGACUGUCGCAGCAGAUAACCUUACCGGGUUCCUCUCCCAGAUAACCUUACCGGGUUCCUCUCCUAUCCACCUAAAGAAAAAAGACAUGCAGUCACAAGCACUGACAAUGGGACAGUGAGACAUAAUGCCAGGUCGGACCAAUACCAGUUCAGUUUACUCCAGACCUCAACACAACAGCCAAUCCCAGUUCAGUUUCUUCUAGACCUCAACACAACAGCCAAUCCCAGUUCAGUUUCCUCUAGACCUCAACUAAUACCCAGUCCCAGUUCAGUUUACGCCAGACCUCAACAAAACAGCCAAUCCCAGUUCAGUCCACUUCUGUGCACAAUUUCUAGACCUCAACUAACAGCCCAUCUUUAGGAUAAGAAGGAACUGAUUUUGCUGUCUAGUCUGCAGUGUUUUCCAGACUUUGUUGAAUCCGUUCCACGCAGACUUGAGGCAGAAUUCAGGCCAGAUGAGGUUUUAAUAAACCGGUAAAGUAUGUGUAUUAUGUGUGUUCUUUUGUUAAAGGUUUAUCAGUCUGUCUGUCGCUGUCUCUUUUGUCAUCCAUUUCUGUGUAUCAUUGUCUCUGUCUGUGUGUCUCUCAGUCUGUGUGUUUGUUUGUCAAUGUGAGUUUUAUGAGAGAGUAAGAGACAUCAGGUUAUGAAAUGUUUUUGUGUCCAAGAGCAAAAAUAAUAAAAACUCUAAAAACUGAA